AUGCCAAAAAGCUCCAGCAAUGCAGAUCUACCACUCGGCUGGGAAAUUAACACCGACUACGAUGGCAAGGUUUACUUCAUCGACCACAUCAACAAGAAGACCACCUGGAUCGAUCCGCGGGACAAGCACACGAAGCCGGAAACGUUCGCCGAUUGCAUCGGGAACGAGCUGCCAUUUGGCUGGGAAGAGAGCUAUGAUCCACAGAUUGGCACGUACUACAUCAAUCACAACUCGCAGACGACCCAGCUCGAGGAUCCGCGGUUGCAAUGGAAGAGCAAGCAGGACGAGAUGUUGCGCGAGUAUCUCUGCUCCGCACAGGACACACUGGAGGCCAAGAAGGAGAUCCUGACCGUGAAGACGCAGCGGUUACACCUGGCACAGGAGGAGUACAACCAUCUGAACGCGCUCGCCGCCAGUCGUACCAGCCUCUGCUCGUCGACGAGUUCGUGUAGUACCAAGUUCGAUCCGGAACUACUACGAGCGGAUCUGGCCAUCGCGAAAGAGCGCGUCUUCCGGUUGAAGAAGGAGCUGUCCAGGAUACAGAAGGAGAUGCGUAGCACGCAGAAGGGUGUGGACACGUUGGCAAGUGUGGAGCAGAAGCUGAAUGCGCACGUGAACGGUUGCUACAACAUUAGCGAGGCGCAGGCCAUCAUGGAGGAAGUGAAGAAGAUCCAGAAGUCACUGAUAACAGGCGAGCGUGAGAAGAAAGAGCUAAUGAAGAGCCUCGCUCAGGUGAAGGAUGAUCUGACGCGGUUGCAGUUGCGCCAGGAAAGUCCGGACGCGUCUACGUUUAAUCUGGCGCAGGACCGGAUUUGUGCCGCGUCCCAAACCGACCUGUCUUCAGAGCACUUCCCGAUGGGUGCUCGCGAGAUGGCGAAGAUGCGUCAACGCUACGACGAGUGGCGCCGCCGAGUGAAGGAGAUCCAGGAGCAGUUGGCCGCACUCGAGGAGAAGAUCCGCCCUGGCGAGCUGGAAUCGGACCAGGAUCGGUUGCUAUUGUUCCAGGAGAAGAAGCAACUGCUGCUCGAGUACCGCAGCAUCACACCGAAGUCCCGCUCGCCAACGGAAAUGCGCCGUAUCCAAAACGUGUGCCGGCAGCUCGAGGCUGACCUCAAUAUGGCGUACGAGGAAUCGAACCAGUGCAUCGCGAACCGCCUGAAGCUGCACGAGGAGAAGCAGGCACUGCUGCAGCAGCUGCUCGAGGCGUUGAAGGAGUUCACGCAUCUCGAGCAUCAGCUAAAGUCACUGUCAGCUAGCACGUUGUCGAUCAGCAGCAGUUCCAGCCUUGGUUCGCUGUCGACCGCAUCUAGCAAGGGUUCGCUGAGCGGACUCAGCUUCACCGACAUCUACGGUGAUCCGUUGUCGGCCGAACCACAGAUCGACAUGGUCGAUAUGAAUCGACGCGUCCAGAGGCUAUUCCAUCCGAGUUCCGAAGUGUCAUCGCUGUCUCCUCGCAGCAGUCUCUCCACCGAUACAUCGCCCGUAUCGCCGAUGAAGCUCGACUGGAUGGGAUCUUCUGCAGCGGCCAGUGGAGGCGUCGCACCUGGCACAUCGUCAGCGGUGGCAUUGGCCGCAGUACAUGCGGCCAUUGCUGCCAAAGCGACAGGUGUCACGAUGCUCGGAGGUACCGCAGCUCCCAGCUAUCUGACGUCUGUGUCAGCCCUUGGGUACGCCGUCGGUGUACAAGCUGGCAAUACUGGUGCCGGAACGAGCGGGCUUGCCGGGGCCAGCAGUACGGCCGAGUACAACCUCGACCGGCAGCGACUCGAAGAGCAACUGCAGGAGCUCAAGAUCCGGCAACUAGGCAUCUCUGGUGGCCCAUUGUCACCGAUCUACGAGAAGCCACCCUACCUCGAACCGGCCGCCCUGCUUAGCAGGUCGUCCUCCACCUCGAACACGCGCUCAGUCUCGACGACGGUAAGUGAUGAGUCGGUGGCAGGUGAUUCGGGAGUAUUCGAGGCAUCCCGUGCUCCACCUCCGCUGCUGACGAAGGAAUGCGCUCAGGUGCAGAUUGGACUACGCUACUCAGCCACAGAUGCUGCCCUCUGCAUCACGAUCGAGCGUGGCAGCAACUUCGGGGCACUAGGACCUCCUGCAGGUUGUCAACUGUUCAUUCGCGCGAUGCUGCUGCCAUCCGGUUCCGGUAGUGGACCUGGAUUCGUGCGAACGGGCACCGUGACCGAGUUGGCGAGGCCUCUUUUCAAGACGAUGCUCGUGGUGCCGUUGCCGCUCGAUAAGGUGUACGCAAAAUCGCUACACGUGAAGGUGAUGGUGCUUGUUGGGCAACGCGAGGACUGGGUGGGCAGCACGCAGAUCAGUCUGGCGGAGUUCAAUCCGGCUGAUGCGACCAGCCGGUGGUACAACAUUGUCAGCCGGAAGUCGAUAAAUGAGUCGGAACUGUUCGAAGGUGGUGGCAUUGGUGGAGGUGCACGUGAGGAGUCGUCCGAUGAGUCAACCAUUAUCUCGUCCCAAACGUCGACAUUGACACGCAACCAGGGCCAGGACGAGUUGAAGGCUGUGCUCGAGCUCGUGUACGACGAACUGUCGCAUGAGGAUGACGAGGAUGACGACGACGAUGAGGAUGAGGAUGAGGAGGGCGAAGAUAAUGAAGAGGAGCAUGAGUUCGAUGAGGAAGAGGAGGCGGAGGUUCAGGAUCAGAUGGGCGAGGGAGUGCAGCAGGAGGAAGGUGCCAAAGUAGCUGGGGAGGGUCGUCGUCGCAGCAAACACCUGCGAAGGAUGGCCAGCUCGGUGGAAGAGGAGGAACGAGACGAUGAGGAACGGGAGGAAGGAUGUGCUUCUACAGAAGCAACCGAGCUGAUGAUACAGGAGUACAUGAACAGUGUGAAGGAGCAGUGUGGUGAUGGUGAAGGACGUGCUGCACCACCGGCACCGAUCGAGCGUGUCGACAAGGAGACGAACACGGAGUGUGCCUUCCUGCCAGAACGGAGCCGCCGGCGGUUCCCCGAUCCAAGUGUUCCCUCGAGGUCCUCCACCAUCGAAGAAGGCUCAGUUGUCGACGAUCGGUUGGUGAAACGAUCGCAAACUUUCUCACCAAGUGCCGUAGCCAGCAAGGCCCGAUACAUCUGCCGGUUAAACCGGAGCGACUCCGAUUCGGCCAUGCACUUCAACAACCAAGUGACGCCUCAUCCUUUCAAGCGCGGAUCUGUCGAACGGCGAUCGCUGCGGUAUCACAACCGCGUGUCCAAGAUCUACCACAAAAUGCACCCGGCAGUGCCACGCACGAGCCUCGAUCUCGAGCUUGACCUGAAGGCGCAGCAAACCAAGCUGGAGACGUUGAUGGACGAGAUCGGGCGGUUGCGUGAGCUCAAGCAGCGUCUCGAACAGGCCCGUGACAACAACGACGUGAAGGUCGCAGCUUGGGCCCUCGAGAACGAAGACUUCCUGCGGCUGGUGAAGACGGUAAACGCGGCCACACCCGAGGAACGUCAGAUGGCAAAGUUGCUCGUGAAGACAUCCAAGGAAAUCUACAAACUGCGCAAAACGAAGGUCGGCAAGGGCAAGCUAGAUUCGAUUUCGUUCAAGGAGAAGAUGGCGUUCUUUACACGUCGCGGUGUAUCGGUGCCGGAGUUGCCAUCGGAAAUGUGUCCGGUAGCGACCCAACAGACGUCGACGGCCGUCCAAUCGGACCAGUCUGCAAGUCUGGAUUCACCGACGACAAUGGAGCCGGUCAUGCUCCGAUCUGUAGGUUGUGACACGUCAUCGGAACGUGACACAGAGGAGGCCGGCGGCAGCAGGACUCCCACUAACGUGGAGCAACAUCCGCUUCCGGAAGCUCCAUCCGACGGGUCCACAAGCGCACCGUUUUCAUACGGUGACGUGGAUCGUACGUACGGCGUGGAGGUGUGA